AUGGACGCUUUAGAGCCCCCGCUCCCUGCAGGCCUGGUCCCAGAGCCCUCGGACUGGAAAGAGGAGGAAGGAGCGCCACACCGCAUUCCACGCCACCGCCUUCCCCCCAGGUACCUGGCCAAGCUGUCCUCGGUGGGGAGCAUCUCAGAGGAGGAGACGUGCGAGAAGCUCAAGGGCCUGAUCCAGAGGCAAGUGCAGAUGUGCAAGCGGAACCUGGAGGUGAUGGACUCGGUGCGCCGCGGCGCUCAGCUCGCCAUUGAGGAGUGCCAGUACCAGUUCCGGAACCGGCGCUGGAACUGCUCCACGCUCGACUCCCUGCCCGUCUUCGGCAAGGUGGUGACACAAGGGACUCGGGAGGCGGCCUUCGUGUACGCCAUCUCUUCAGCAGGUGUGGCCUUUGCGGUGACGCGGGCGUGCAGCAGUGGGGAGCUGGAGAAGUGUGGCUGUGACCGGACGGUGCACGGGGUCAGCCCACAGGGCUUCCAGUGGUCGGGAUGCUCGGACAACAUCGCCUACGGCGUGGCCUUCUCCCAGUCCUUCGUGGACGUGCGGGAGAGAAGCAAGGGGGCCUCGUCCAGCCGCGCCCUCAUGAACCUCCACAACAACGAGGCCGGCAGGAAGGCUAUCCUGACACACAUGCGGGUGGAGUGCAAGUGCCACGGGGUGUCGGGCUCCUGUGAGGUAAAGACGUGCUGGCGAGCCGUGCCGCCCUUCCGCCAGGUGGGCCACGCACUGAAGGAGAAGUUCGAUGGCGCCACCGAGGUGGAGCCGCGCCGCGUGGGCUCCUCCAGGGCGCUGGUGCCGCGCAACGCACAGUUCAAGCCGCACACGGACGAGGACCUGGUGUACUUAGAGCCCAGCCCGGACUUCUGCGAGCAGGACAUGCGCAGCGGCGUGCUGGGCACGCGGGGCCGCACGUGCAACAAGACGUCCAAGGCCAUCGACGGCUGCGAGCUGCUGUGCUGCGGCCGCGGCUUCCACACGGCGCAGGUGGAGCUGGCCGAGCGCUGCAGCUGCAAGUUCCACUGGUGCUGCUUCGUCAAGUGCCGCCAGUGCCAGCGGCUGGUGGAGCUGCACACGUGCCGGUGACCGCGGCGGCCCGCCGAAGGCCGGUAAUUUAAACAGCCCCCCCCACCCCAAAAGAUACUGGUUGUAUUUUUUGUUUUGGUUUGGUUUUUGGGUCCUCAUGUUAUUUAUUGCUGAAACCAGGCGGGCGGCCCCAGGGCACCAGCCAGGGCCCCUCUGAAGCCUGGGCCUUCGUGGCUGCCACUGACCAAAGGGAACUUGCUCGUGCCUCUGGCUGUCCACAUGUGGCCGCUGCUGACCACGUGGGCGUUAGCCCUGUUUUUCCACUCGCAGACUUGAGCAGGGUAACAAGGAGUGUUCGCCACGUGCCCCCUGGCCCUGCCAUCUAGGGAGGGAGGUGGCCCUAAGGCAGGGGGAAACCGGCGCCAUCUUGAUGAACUUGCACCCCUACACAUACACACCCGACCCCUGGCAGCUUCAGCCUAGGAGCCUUGUCUCUCGAGUCCCCCGGACAAGGGAAUGGGCAGGUACCAGCUCAAGGGCAAAGGGUUCUCUUCGGCCCUCCAUGAGCAGCUGGAGGUUCAGUCUCUGUGGGACCUUCCAGGCAAGAAGAGCAGGUGAGACAAGAGCCAGAGAAGGCUCCGGUCCUGCCCUGGAGCCCAGCCCACCCAUCCUCCCCAUCAGAGAGGGGAAGCCGCCCCUCCCUGGUCCCUCCCAGGCAGGAGCACCAGCUGUCAUCCUGGAUCAGAGGUCCCAGCCAGGCCUUGGCAGGGACACCUCCACGUGUGUCUCCUCGCGGUGCCGCUCCUCGGUAAGAUGAAGAAUGGAAAUCACACACGCAGAGGAACUGGCCAGUGAAAAAGCCUUUUCCCACCCAUUACUCUCCUCAGUGAACCACAUUUCCUGAGCAAAUACUAUGUGCUAGGCCCUCUCCUGGGCCAUCCCACAGGAUGAUCCCAACACUCCCGGCAGACGCAAAGGCAGGCAUGCUUGUGCCUGUCUUACAGCACAGAGGACAAUGCUCAGCCGGGUCCCAGGGCGAGCUGGCUGCAGAGGCACAGCCAGAAGAGCCCUGCAGCCAAGGCUCCUCCGGGGCACCUUACCCAAAGGCCCAGGACCUGCAGGUCUCCUUGGGUCUGAGCCUUGGGGAGGGGGCACCAGCUGGAGGACGAGGGGCCAGGAAGCAGCAGAAGCCAGACUACAAGCUGGGCCUAGCGGCCACAGGGCCCCAAACCACACAACGGGCUCUGAGGGAAGCGGUGCACAGCUAGAGGGCUGACGAAGUGAGGUGUCAGCAGCUGAGGCACCCUGCCCCCACGUACCCUGGGCACUGAAGAAGAGUCCCCCAGAGAAAGCACCAGCAGCCCGGGCCUGGCCCUGUGCCCAAGCCAAACCGGCAGGAGCACAGACCAAAUUCCUGUGAGCAGGACAUGCACACAGCAAGACGUGGCCUGACCCCGCUGCUGCUCCCAACCACCAGAGGAGCUUGCCGGAGGCCCAGUCUCCAAGCUGCCCCCUAAAUGGGGCUCCAGGCUCCUGGUUUGAGAUCUUGGGCUUGGGAUCCCCACUGGAGAUUCUCAGACCCCAAGCUCUUGGCUCCAGGAUUCCAUGUCUGAAUUCAAAGUCCCAGAUUGAGAAUACAGGCUCCGGCCUGUAGAAACUCUCCUCCAGGCCUUGUGGUUUGUGCCUCCUGGUGUUGGCUCCCUCACUAAGAGAGGGUCAACACCCUUGGCCCCCAGCCAAGCUCUCUGCUCAAUGUCCAUCCAAGAAGAAGGCCAAAACCAAGUGAGAUGCUGCAGCCACACUGGAAUGAGGGGUAAUCUUGGGGCGGGCAGGCUCUGAUGUGGAUGAAAGCUAAGCCCACUAAGUGUCCCCACAGCGGCCCAGCUGGGCUCACUGCUCCUCUGGCAGGCUCUGUUCAGCUGUCUGCUCAGUGCCAGGGAAAAUGCUAUCCCUCACUGGCAGAGGCGAGAUCCAGACAAAGGAAGCCGGGGAGACCCUCCCCCUCUGGAGACAGGACAGAACCACUCUCCCCCAUCCCCGAAUCCUGUCGCCAGAACCAGGGUACUGGUAGGUCCAGGUUGGAUGCUGGUAUUAUGGACACUGCCCCAGGAAGAAGUGAGAGGGUCUGUGUCCAUUCACAGGCUUCACCUUUCCACCUGCCCGGGGGCUCUCUCAAAGCUGACCAGCCUGGGGUUCUCAAGGUUAUGACCGCUAUAAAGUAGACUAGAUUCUAGGAAGCUCUGCCCAGCCCUGCUGCCACCACAACCAGCACCCCAAAGGCCAAAGGGACCCACAGCCGCAGGAAAAUGGAGCUUCCUUGGACACACCUAGCUCCAAACUGUCCCAAAUAAAGAGGAGAAACCAGCACUUGCCUGAUGUAGCCCACCCACUCUGGAAGCUGGCCAGAGGAUCCAAGUCCUGCCCGAAACCCUCUCCACUAGUCUCCAUAAGACAAAGGUGAUGUCCUCUGAGGCCUAGGGCUGGAUAAGCCCCAGCUCUGGAUGCUGCUACUCCCUCUGCUGCCCUACCCCAUCUUCUAAUUUUUAUACUAGGCCCCUUGCCAUUGUGACAUCCCCAUGAAAUAGCCUGAUGCACGAUAAAAUGAUUAUUUCUUUA